AUGGAGGGGCUAAUUACCGAGAUAAAAACAAUACGCCAUGAUCAGGCGCCAGCUCUCACGGUCCGAGAGGAGAAACUCGAUGAUUCCCGCUUAGAAACGAAAGAGGGUACGCCAACCGCUGAGUCCAGCACAGACUCUUGGUCCCCAGCUCAUAUUCUGGCGACUCUGAAGUCGAAGCCCAACCAGAAGGAACUCGCUCCUGUUAUCUUUGUUCUGGAUCCGUUCAGAAAGAGCACUCCAACAUCUACUAUUGAUAUCAGGGUCCCAAGCCCAGUAUCGGCUCAACUCCUCAAUGCUCUUGUCACCAUCACAAUUCCCGAUCAUUGGGAUACCAUCAAAGUAGGAUCUAAAGGUUCAGCUAGCGGCAACGCCAAAUUCCGGGCGGCGCUUCUGAGAUGUCUCAGCAGCGUUCCAGGCAUAAGCUGCUUGGUGACGCAGCUGCGUUCCCUUAUAGCUCAGUCGCGGGCAUCCUCCCAGCAGGCAGACGCAUCGGGGAGUGGAUUUCGAAUUCGGAACAUUCUUGAAGUUAUCUCCUCUUUACUGGAACCUACCGAUUUCGUUCGGCGUUUAAAUGGUGAUAUUGAUGCUGUCUACAACAAUGCUACUCAAAAGCAAGUGGCGUGGAAAGAGCUAGUCUCCCAUCUUGCAGCUGGCAGGAUUCUCUCGGUAUCAGCAGAAGCCAUCUCACUAGCUGGGGGCUCUGAUCUUCCCAUGAAGAUUUCUUGGAUUGGAACCGGCUCCCAGUAUGCCUCAUGGCUGGGAGCCAACAUUUCUCAUAUGGCCUCUAAGCUUGGUGCUGGUGAUGAAGAGCAAUGGAAGGCGGUUGCUCAUCUCUUAGGAAGAGCGUUGAGCCUCGGUUACAACGAACCUUUGGUGAGAGAAAUAUACAUUAAACUCCUCAUCGAACAAAAACGCUCGGAACCAUACACAGCACUCUUCGACCAUCUUCGGUGGACUGAGCAACUGACUUUGUUGGAUACCAUCCUCCGUGAUAUCGAGAAAAAGCAUUUCCCUAUGGAGAGUUUCAGUGAAAACGACAUGGACUUGAACCAACCCAUCGAUAGCAUCGCUGCUCUGUGUUCAGCUCUGAUAUUGAAACGGUCUAAUCUAGAAAGCCAACUCAUAGAAUGGCUCUCCAAGGGCCAUGGGGGCUCCAUACAAACAGUGACAUUAAGGAGGGCCUUAGUUGUCAAUCUAGCUCACCAGAAAGAUCUGAUAGCAGGUCUACUUGUCAAAGGUCUCGAGCAGUCAGCGGAUAAAAUCUUCAUCCAACAUGCUCCCAUGAGGAGCCAAGAAGCAAACACCCAGGUUAUUCUUCUUGCUGCAGGUUAUCUUCAGCGCCUUGACCCAGGUGAAAUGAAGAGUAUUGGGCGUACGAGCGUCUUCCUCAACGCUGUUUCCAACCGUUUAGCAGCCGCUUCCACACGAGCCCGCUUCCUGGGAAUGAUUAUCGGCACCGCAAUCUCGCAACUCAUUGAAGAGCCUGGAAAGGCAAUGAAAUUCGACCUGGAAGAGAUGGAGAGCGACGAGGCUACGUGGUACUUGAAGCUUGUCAAGACUGACGACAGAGUUGGGUCUCUGGAUUCGCUCAAAGCCUUCAGGGAUACAUCGAGGGAGCCUAGAGGGCUAGAAACUAAAAGUCGGGUUUCCAGUGCUUCUCGCCCCAUUGCAAAAGCCAGUCCAGCCACGGCGAAAAUUGUAGCUAUCGAAGAGAUAUACGACUCGGACGAGGAAGACGAAGAUGAGGAUGAUGAUUUGAUCCCCUACGAGAAGCCCGAUGAAGAUCCGGACGACGAGGACGAUGACCCUACGCUGAUAGAACGCAAUAAACCAACAGCCCCAGUGUACAUCCGCGACCUAAUAAUCUACCUACGAGACACAGAAAACCUAGACCGAUAUGAACUAGGCCUUACAACAGCCCCAGGGCUGAUCAGACGCAAGACCGGUUUCGGUACAGAACUCGCCGAACACACAGAGGAGCUAGCCCUCAUUCUUGUCGGCCUACAAGAGCAGUCCAAAUUCCCGAAAUUUCACGAGCUCCGUCUGCAGAGCAUGAUCGCCCUUAUCGUGUCCCAACCCUUGAAGAUGGCCCGCUGGUUCGCCGCUGUAUUCUUCGACGGCGACUUGUCUCAAACGCAGCGGUCCGCGGUUCUUACUGCCCUAGGUCUCAGCGCGCGAGAGGUAGCUGGAGUCGGGGCGGACGAUGCAAAAGCCAUGGGUCUCCCGGCCCUACCUGACUCAUCGUUCCCUUCAAAACGGCUCCCUGCGAAUCUCGAAGCGCUCUACGCCACCGACGAACGCAGCAGAUUCACUAUCUGGUCCGAACGCGCUCAAGGUCCGCACAUUCUCAUCCCGCAUGGAGGUCGAGAAAAGACGCCAGCAGCGCGAGGCGCACCGCCAGAAAUCCACCGUGAAAGACCUAUACAAGGUCCUCGCCGAGGGCUUCUUCUACCCACUAUCCGGGCGCUUCGAGAUCAUGAUGAUGCAGUUCACGUCCUCAACCGCGCCCUCCCACAACCCCUUCUUUGUCCCCCACCUGCUAACCCUCUUCAUCCAAACCCUGACAAUCAUCCUCGCCACAUCAGGCCCACACACGCCCUUCCUCCCCACGCUAACGCAACAAACACUGACAUUCCUGCUCUCGCUGCACGCGCGCCCUCUAGCUUCCGAGCCUACGAUCCUCUCCGCGCUCCUAUCGCUUCUCCUUGCGGUUGUUGA